UUGUGACGCCAAGUGCUGGUUUCGAGAGUGUUCUCAGUUCAAGUGACUGCAAACAUGAUGACGAAUACAGUUGAAGCAGCCGCGAGCUUGAUGAUGCUGAGAUGCGCGAAUGAUAAUGCUGAGGAUACAGAAAAGCAGCACCAAAGCGAUGCAAAGCGCGAAUGUGCAUGCGAUCCGCUACAACUUGCACAAAUCAAAACAGCCUCUGAGUGCAAGCAGAUAGAACAGUUUUGAGUUGGCUGGCAAGCCUUAGUCGUAUCUCUUUAAGAUCGCUCUUUCAAAACAAAAAUAUGGCAACCUCCGCACCUCGGGUAACCGGAAAAAUGGCUGGUUUGGAUUACGAACCGGGUGACCGAGUUCGGGUUGUUGGGUGUUUUGUGGAAAAAUCGGAUAGCAAAGUUGUACUGGAAACGCACGACGGAGUGAAGGUAAUUUAUUAUAUGGGUUUAGAAUUCUUUAUGGAAAAGUGGUUGUGAAGAUGCAUGAGAUCAUCGCAAAGUGGGAGCGGAGCCACUGUCAAGCAAAUCACGAAAUUAUUACAGUAUGCCGUGGACGCAGAUUCAUCUGACAUGGAAGGCCUCAGCGAGUCGUCCGUCAUCGAAGCCAUCAUUACAAUAGGAGAGGACGGAGGUACCACGACUUCUUUUGCUGCUGUGCAUCAACGGAUGUUUGUAUACCGUCCUGUCUUCCAUGCGGAAAAAGUAAAAAAUGACUCGAAGUCGGUUGAUAUGUAAUUUCAUGUCUGAUGUACUAAAACUUCUUCUCACAGGUGCAGCAAAAGGCGAGAACCUGACGAAGCUAGGCGAGCGGGAUGAUAUAGAUCUCCUGAGGCUGCAUAAGGUUACUGAGAUGACACACGACAAGAAAAAAUUUCCGGAAUUCGACAAGAUUUUCUAAGAAAUCAAAAAACACUAGGUUUUGCAAUAAUUAUGUCACGAGAAAAAAUGUUACCGGGGUAUGAAUUUUUGAGCGCAGACGCAACGGGAAUGAACACGCGUACAAAAAAUAAAAGGCGCGGCUCAGCGGCACGUUGCGUUAUUGCCUUGUCGUGUC